AGGAGGGAGGAAAAGAGAGAAGAAAGGGAGAUGAAUAAAACGAAACCAUGCUACUAGUCAAUCAGUGGAACCGGGGCCGGGUGGAACAUACCAGCGAAACUCCUCAAAUUGUGUGUAUGUGCUCUCCCAGAGAUCGGCCAGCAAUUAGGACAGUGUAGUGGACUGUAGUUCAAAUCAAUUGUCGCAUUUUGAGCUGGUCGAGAAGUGUAUUUUGUCCAAAUAAAGUGUGUCGUGAGGGCCGAGGCCAUCCCAACGGUCGGUCGGUUAUCAUCGCGUCUGCACGGCGCUCGUGCUCACGUUCCAAUAUGUUCUGUUGUUUAUCGUGCUGUUGAUUUUGAUAAUUAUCGAACCAAAUUUGACGCGCGUAGCGAAGAAAAGAAAAAAAAGGUUGAAAAACAAAUUGAUCACGCGGGUAACGGCCUCACCGGAGACUUCAGUGGACGAUCUGCGUCGAGAGCAGUUGGAUGGGUGGUGUUUUCUUUUCUGUGUACUCCCAGAAACCGGUGUAUUGGAAUUUCACGACAGGAUUAGCUGCAAAUUGACAAAGAUUACCACCGUGUCGGCCACUGGACGAGGUAUUCCUGUGAAAGCAUUCCACGUGAUUGGGUCUCAACUCGAAACAACUACCACUAAACGUACGGAAAAACACACAAAACACAUCUUCAACAAAUGUUGCGAUUCAGCGGAUCGAACUGGUUCACCAAACCACACUCCCGGCGGAAGAGUGGGAAAAAAGUGAAGGUAACCUUCUCGGACCAGCUCGAUACGGCCAGUACCACCGGUAGUAACAGCAGCGUACCGACCACACCGAGCCCCUCCGUAUCGUCCGCCCAGCACCGGUGGCGCUAUCUGGAGCAAAUCUUCGCACCAUCCACAAGCGCAGCAGCAGCAGCCCCGGCCGGGAAUCGAUCUACGGGGUCCUCCGAGUUUGAUCGCGGCAGUAGCUUCCGGCAGAGCAAUACGAGCUACGGAUCGGUUGGCAGCAGUGGGCCGUACAAUAGACGUGCACCGCCGCAGCGCAAAGUAGGACAGAAGAUGGCCGACUGCGAGAAGGAGGAAGCCCUAAAUCUGCAGGUGGAAUUCGAGUGGGUACUGCACGAGGAGGUCCAUUCGGUGCUGAAACAGCUGCACGUUAUCCUGGUGGAGUGUGCCCACCGAUUUCCGGUUCCGCUGUACGGUAACGAGGGCAAGAAGCAGGACAAGUUUGUGCUAACGGCCGCCCCGGAACAGCUGAAGUGUAUCGUCACGCUCACCGGCGACAGUAUAACACAUGCGGACAUCAACUUCAAGGUCCAGCGCCAGCAGCAACAGAUCCAGCGCACCUCCAUCACCCAGGACUACCCGUGGAAGAUACAGCAGGUGCAGGACGCCGCCAACCAUCUGCAGCAAGCGAUCAACCACAUCGACAACGUGGACGGUGCGUACCACUUCAAAACGUCCGACGAGGUGCUGCACAUACUGGGCAACAUCUUGGGUGCGCUGCAGCGGGGCCGCACCUCGCUCGUCGUGCCGCGCAAGAAACCGAUCGACGAGCUGAUGAAAAGCCGCAACAUGAAGGCGCUCUCGCCGAACCUGCCGGAAGAUCUGGCGAUCAGCUUCUACAUCCAGAGCCACAAGCUCAUCUUUGUCGCGUACCAGCUGACCAACUUUCAGGGCACGAUGAAGUUCGACUCCUGCCAGGCGGAAUGUUCGGUGCCGUGGCUGAAUGAGGUGCUGGUACUGUUUACCGUGGCGCUGCAGCUGUGCCAGCAGUUGAAGGAUAAGAUAUCAGUAUUCUCGCAGUAUAAGGACUUUACCGUCGGUUCCCGUUCCCCGUCGGCACUGUCCUACUGAUGCCGCGUCCACUCAGCCACCGGUUGCGUACCGUGCCCGUCGUAGACCGUACCCAAAAACCGUCCAUCGUUUGGUCGUGUUCAUGGAUGGUUAGGAAGUAAAACGCAAAAAAAAGGUAGUUAAGAGCGCAGAGCAUAUGGGUCUGCUGCUGAAUAAGACUCGCGGAAACUGUCUGCAGUCGGCGUAGUUGUUGAUGCGUACUUCUACAUACAUUGAUGUUUGUUAUAUUUAAAGUGCUACCCCGUUGUUAUUGCAUUAGGCUAAGACAGACGAAGCGAUCCUCGAGUGGGGUUUGUCGAGCGGUGUAUAAUCGACCGCGUCUCACUUCCCUUCGAAAUGCGAUUCCUUGUGCCAUGAGUUUGUGUGGAGGGUAGGGAAAUUCGAGAUCUGUGACUUGUAGCAGCAUGACAGUGAAACACACACACACACACACGCAAAACAAAAGCAUUCCUAUUACUCGUUCUUGUAGCAGACGUAUCUGUGUACUUGGCCGUGGCCGGAUAGGGUGGAAAGGUGUGAAUCCGCCGGGCACCUGGCAAGCACCUGGCUGGCCACAUUAAACGACGGUACGGAUUAGGACGAGACCGUGACGGCUAUCUACAUCGAUCACCGCCCGCUAGCGAAAGAAGGGGACAGCCCGCACCGUUUGGUCGAUGAUGAUGUAAUUAUACAACACGACAACAUGUGAUAAUGCCAAACAAGCUAGAACAAAUUGCUAGUGAAGGGUGAAAGGCACCUACGGUGUGCGCUAGCUGGUAUAUACAAAUUAUUUCAUGCAUCGGUUUCUAAUCGACUGAUGUGUUACUGGCGCCAUUUGGACUAGUGUGUGAAUCUCAAGCGAAUGGUUUACAAAAUUUGAACACGAGUUACAUUAUCGCUUAACGUCGCGUUAAAUCAAAUUGGUAGGGCUGAGCUUGUGACAAACUUUAGGGCUAGCUAUAGGGUCGAACAUUGGAAAAAACAUUUGCUGUUGGUUUUCCAGGCUUCAUUUUUUGCUUGUAGUUUAAUUUCUCAGUCAUUAGUUAGUAAGUGACGAUGCUGAAAGCUCCGAACGGCGCAUGUGGCGCUUCGUUUUUUUUUUUGUAGCCCCGUGGGGGUUUUCUUUCCGAUAGCGUUUUCAGUGUUGUUACGUUCUUUUCCCUCCUCCAUUCUACUACAUGCAGGAAUCAGGCCUUGAUGAUGCUCUGUUUUCUAUAAUUAUGAUUUAGAUAAACGGUAUUAUUAAAUGGUGUAGCAUUUAAUGGAUGUAUCGAGAUGAGGGAAGAAAUAGACAGAGGUUAUUGUUUCUCGUUUUAAUAAACUCCAUCCUUCUUAACUACUCGGUUUGAGCGAUGAGUUAAGCGCUCGUACAGCUGCCUUUCUGCUUUCUUUUUCCUUCCGUUUGUUUGUGCUUUCCGGUGUUUGUGUGAGUGUUUUGUGCCUCUGGGUGAAUAAAGAGGAAAGAUCUCAUUACAUAUAAAAAAUAUGCUCUAUACAAAAGAAACGUAAUAUCACGCUCGGAACAUACAUAAAACGAUCAAAGUCUAGUCAUGUUUAAGGCACAAUUUAAACGUUAUAAAAAGGUGGUGAAUAUGUUUUAAACAGCAAAAAAAAAAAA